AUGGAUUCGCAAUCACUCGACUAUUGGAUGUCGCAAGGUCAUUACAUCCAUUCGCAUCAGCAGCAUGUGACUUCGUACGAUGUACUGCCAGUAGUUUCGAAAGUGUCAAGCUUGAGCGGAUCACCAGUAUCGUCGACGUAUGAUCAUAUUCCCGCUCCAUUACACCAGGCCUACUAUCCUCACAUCGCCGACGAACCAAAUCCGUUUGGGUCAUAUCACAUGCCAAUGACUCCUCCAGAAUUUAGCUCGGACCAUGACAGCCCGUACUGCAGUCCACAGCCGAUGCCACAUGCAGAGCUAGUCUACGCACAUGGGACUACAUCCCUGACGGCCGAAAAGACACAUAACACAUCCGGGCGUCGAAGAGCACAGAAUCGAGCUGCCCAGCGGGCCUUUCGCGAGCGCAAAGAGAAGCAUGCGCGUGAUCUUGAGGUUCAACUCAGAGCGUUGACCGACAAAUACAACAAACUCGAGGCUUCGCAUGCCGAACUUAAUGACACAUGCGAGAAGCUUCAAAGAACGAUAGAUCUUCUAAAAAAUUCCAACCGUACCGAGGAUGAAGACGAUCCAAGCAAGAGCUUUCGUCGUAAGAGCGGCAGCCCAGACGACCUUCGAAAAACACUCAAGAUGCUUCUUGGAGAGAUUCAGAAUGCUACACUGGUCAAGCCCGGAUUGACUUGA